UACUUUUUUACACAUAUACCACAGCCAAUACAGAGAAUUUCGGAGAUGAAUGCAAUCUUGUCAGUUGGUUUGACCUCUAUGCACAAUUUUCCUGGAACGUUUUCAACGUAUUUGAAAAACUUUUCCUUUACCUUUUUACAUUCUUGGGCGCACCUUUUCGGUUUGCACCGAUUAGCAUCGACAAUAGCGAUACGGGUGAUUUUGUCGGACAUUGUUGGAGGAGCAAGA